AUGGGGUGUGUGGCUAGCAAGCCCAAGGGGGCGGACAACGGCUUCCUCAAUGGUCAGCCCAGUGAGACGUUCCCCUACGAUAAUAUACACAAGUGCACGGAGCGUGACAAUGGUCUUCUUUUUCGUCUUGUGAAUACCAAAACGAAGCAGUGGGCCUUUUACAACGACUCCAAAAUCUAUGAGUUUCACGUCACGGUGAAUUUUUCAAACCAAAGCAACGUGUCACCGCUCGGCGACACCACCAUUGUGCGAGAUCCUAACGACGGACGUAUGGUGGCCAAGACGAUUGUGUACCCCCGCCUCACGGAGCUCUUUGUGCAGGGCGACGUUGACGGCUUUGAUGCAGAGUACCAGGCGGUGGUUCUAACCGAUGAGUACAAGAAGAAGAAGGCACAGCUGAAUGCCAGGAAGCGCAAUGCUAAUUCCAACGACGACCUCGAGGAAGUGCAAUAG